GCUCUAGCAUUGAUUUUUUACUUGAGAGUUAUUAUAGACACACGUACGAUCUAUGCAUGCCGGUAAUCGGUAUGAGCUUAGCCUUUGGUUGUCUGAACAUUUGAAGGAAAUUUACUUGACAAUCUAGCUGCUAUGUCGUCAACAUGAAAAUUUAUGCACGGACAUCACCAGCAAUGUUCCUGCAUACCAACUGCAACCACGUUAAACAUCUACGUGUUUUGUACCCAACUGUUGAACAGGCUUCGGCAAGCCAAUUUGCGUCACUCUUGCGAGCUUGUUCUGAUGCUUCUGUUCUUCAACAAGGUAGGCAAGUUCACGCCCAGGUCAUUCUCAGAGGAAUUAGCAACGAUUGUCUUUUGGGAGGAAGGGUUUUGGGAAUGUACGUUCUUUGUGGCAGCUUUGUAGAUGCUAAGAAUACGUUCUAUAAGCUUGAACGGAGGUCUUCUUUGCCAUGGAAUUGGAUGAUUAGGGGGUUUACGAUAAUGGGUCGGUUUGAUUUUGCCAUGUUGUUUUACUUUAAGAUGUUGGGUUGUGGUACUUCUCCCGAUAAGUAUACGUUUCCUUAUGUGAUUAAGGCUUGUAAUGGUUUGAAUAAUGUUAGUCUAGUUAAGUUAGUUAACAGAACAAUUCGGUUGAUGGGCUUUGAGUUGGAUGUGUUUAUAGCUAGUUCUUUGAUCAAAUUUUAUGCAGAAAAUGAUUGUAUCAAUGAUGCGCGAUGCUUGUUUGACAAAAUGCCACAUAAAGAUUGUGUUCUAUGGAAUGUCAUGCUUAAUAGUUAUGUGAAAAAUGGAGAUCCUAGUAGUGCUCUAGAAAUAUUUUUGGAAAUGAAAAAUAGUGAAAUUAGGCCCAAUUCAGUGACACUUGCUUGUAUAUUGUCUGUUUGUGCCUCGGAAGCAAUGAUUCGUUUGGGUACCCAGCUUCAUGGACUGGUUAUUAGGUAUGGGUUGGAGUUGGACUCUCCUGUGGCUAACACAUUGUUAGCAGUGUAUUCAAAAUGUCAGUAUUUGUUUGAUGCAUGUAAGUUGUUUGAUACGAUGCCCCAAACUGAUUUAGUAAGUUGGAAUGGCAUGAUUUCUGGAUUUGUACAAAAUGGGUUUAUGGGUGAGGCUUCACAUUUAUUUCGCGAGAUGAUAUCUGUUGGUGUCAAACCAGACUCAAUCACCUUUGCAAGCUUCCUUCCGUCAGUUACUGAAUUGGCAUGUGUCAAACAAGGUAAGGAAAUUCAUGGUUAUAUGGUAAGACAUGGUGUGCCUUUGGAUCUAUUUGUGAAGAGUGCACUUAUUGAUAUAUGCUUUAAGUGCAGGGAUGUGGAGAUGGCACGCAAGAUUUUCCUCCAAAGUGACACAAUUGAUGUCAUACUGUGCACAACUAUGAUUUCAGGCUUUGUGCUUAAUGGAAUGAAUUGCGACGCUUUGGAAAUUUUCAGGUGGCUAAUCAAAGAGAAGAUGAGGCCAAAUUCUGUAACCCUGGCAAGUGUUCUGCCUGCUUGUGCUGGUUUGGCUGCUCUGAAAUUGGGGAAGGAAUUGCAUUGUAACAUCCUCAAGAAUGGGCUUGAUGAGAGGUGUCAUGUGGGAAGCGCAAUUUCGUACAUGUAUGCUAAAUGUGGACGAUUGGAUCUUGCUCAUCAUAUUUUUGGAAGGAUGUCAGAAAGGGAUACUGUUUGUUGGAACUCAAUGAUCACAAGCUGUUCCCAGAAUGGCAAGCCAGAAGAAGCCAUUGAACUUUUUCGUCAAAUGGGGAUGGAAGGAACCAGGUAUGAUUGUGUGAGCAUAUCAGCUGCACUAUCUGCAUGUGCAAACUUACCUUCACUCCGUUAUGGGAAAGAGAUCCAUGGUGUCGUGGUUAAAGGUGCAUUCAGCUCUGAUCUUUUUGCUGAGAGUGCACUGAUCGACAUGUAUGCUAAAUGUGGAAACUUGAAUUCUGCUCGCUGUGUGUUUGACAAAAUGCAAGGGAAGAAUGAAGUUUCAUGGAAUAGCAUCAUUUCUGCUUACGGGAACCAUGGUCUCCUUAAGGACUGUCUCACUCUAUUUGAUCAAAUGUUGGAAAACAGAUUUUUUCCUGAUCAUGUCACCUUUCUUGCUAUACUAUCUGCUUGUGGUCAUGCAGGUCAAGUUGACAUUGGAGCUUGCUAUUUCUGUUCCAUGACAGAGGAAUAUGGAAUACCAGCCCAGAUGGAGCAUUAUGCAUGUAUGGUAGAUUUGUUUGGGCGUGCUGGUCGGUUGAAGGAAGCAUUUGAAAUGAUAAAGAGCAUGCCAUUCACUCCUGAUGCCGGUGUUUGGGGGACAUUGCUUGGUGCCUGUCGGGUCCAUGGCAAUGUUGAACUUGCUGAAGUAGCUUCUAUACAUCUUUUUGACUUAGACCCUCAAAAUUCUGGCUACUAUGUAUUGCUUUCAAAUCUACAUGCUGAUGCUGGACAGUGGGGGAGUGUGCUCAAGAUACGCAGUUUGAUGAAAGAAAGACAAGUCCAUAAGGUUCCUGGGUACAGCUGGAUCGACAUCAACAACACCACUCAUAUUUUUGUUGCGGCAGAUGGAAGUCACCCACAGUCUGCGGAGAUCUAUUCAACACUGAAGAGUCUUCUGCUAGAGCUAAGAAAAGAGGGUUAUGUACCUCAACCUUACCUUCCAAUGCACUCACAAAGCAUGGGAAUGUGAUGACCAGGAAAAAAAAAGGAAAAAAAAAAAAAGUUGAUCAUUUUUUGUUAUCUCGGCGUCAACUGUAACAAAAAUAUAAUGACAGCAUCUUACCAUGGUAAGUGAGGUUUUCUUGAUUUCUUAAGAGUAUGCUCCUCUACCUUGUUAUUGUCAUAUUAGAAACUUAGAUUUAUUAUAUAUCUCAAAGUCUUUGUCAAUCAAUGCAGAGCACAAAAAUAUAAUUUGUUAUUACUUCUAUUAAUUUAAAUAAAUACACAUUUUAUA